AUGUCCUCACUCAUUGUUCCUAUUGCUUGCUGGCAGACUCCUCCACAAUCCAAGCUUACUUGUGCUACAUCCACUGACGACGGGGCGUUUGUUGUUUCUGGGUCAAAAUGUGGAACUAUUUCCAUCUACUCAGUCGACCAUACUAAUGCACAGCUAGUUCCUCGUUCUGUAUCGAUUGGCCAUUCAAAUGAAAUAUCCGUGCUAUUACUGUGCUGCAUUGAAGUAGAGUCGGCAUCCACUAAACAAAACAUUGUUUUAUCCGGAUCUCAAGAUGGUGAAAUCUCAAUGUGGGAUAUAGCAGAUGGUCGCUGUUUGCAAUCGAAUCCGCACGCAAUCGAUUGCGUGCCUAGUGGCAUUUUAAAAACCACAAAUGGGAAAUAUUUGUUUUGUUACGGACUUGGAAGCCAUAUAACUAUCCUAGACUCAUCAACACUCGAGGUUGUCAAAAAGUUUGCACUUUUUUCAGAGCAAUGGUUUGCAUCUGCAUCGCUAUACUCGACAGACAAUAAAAAGGCUGAGCAGAUCAUUGCGGUUACAUUUGAUGGCUAUUUGCACCAACUUAUAUUCGAUGAAAAUAUCAUGACAUUUACACAUGAUCCACAAGCUUACAAUUUACAUCUACCAGAGCAUACUGCAGCUUUUGAUCUUCAACAAAAUCGAUUCGACAAGCAUAUUAUCUGUGUUUUACAACAUAAAUUUUGCUCUGUAUUUGUACUAAACAAAACUACUUCAAACCUUCUUGUAUGCAUUGAAUGUCCUGGACCCAAACGAUCAUGGGCUGGAUUCAAAUUUCUUUCUGAGCGCACAAUGAUACUAUGGACCACUGAUGGAACUUCUCAUGUAUAUUAUCUUGGACCAGCUGAUGACUUGAAUUCCAUUUCAUGCCUCGACAUUCCAAAUGACGUUAUUGCACUUGUUUCAGAUGGAAAAACUGCAGUUUAUGUAAAUCAAUCUAAAAUCACUAUCAAUAGCUACCAGGAUUACAAGAAAGCAACAUGCAUUGCAGUCUUUGAUACAAGUAAUAGUUUGCAGUCGCAUUUGAAUAUGCAUGUUUUAAUUUGUGUUGUCGAGGCAAAUUUGGCUGCACAUCAAAACUCUAUGCUUUUGCUUCGAUUUGAAAUGGAAGCUCAGAAAAUCGCAUUUCAAGAUCUAUGGCCGGUUCAGCACAUGUCGGGCACACGAGCUACUGCUGCUACACUCAUUCUUCGAAAGCAUAUUGUCCUUGGUCAUGAGGAUGGUUCCAUUGUUGUCGCGCCUGCAUCUGUUCCAAUAUUUUCUCAUCAAUAUGAUCGUUCUGGUCUUCAGCCUGAUCAUACUCACUAUGAUCGUCUUCAAAACAAUUCAAGUGAUGAUGUUGGCCAUCAAGAUGUUUCAGAUAGCUUGAUUUGUAUUUUGCGUGGUCACAAAAAUGCCAUUACUGCAUUGUUUGUUCCACACUUUCGAACGGACGGUGUUCGUGAACGACUGCUGAGUGGAUCUCGAGAUGGAAUUGUAAAGUUGUGGAAUGUUUCUUCUGGAGAACUUCUUGGAUCGUUUUUGUGUCAUUCGAUGCCAGUUAUAUCCUUUACACCGAUGCCCUCCGAGUCUGGAGCAAAGUUUAAAGCAUCUGUGAUUUCUGUUGCCUUGGAUCAUUCUGUUUCAAUUAUUGAUGCUGAUGAAGGUGUUUGUCAGUACAAGUUUGCUAGUCAUCAGAGUGCUAUCGAGGCAUUCUAUGUGAGACCGCUUGAUGAUAUGUUUGUAGUGGAGUGUAUAGACGGUACGCUUUAUGUCUGGCAGACUAAAACAGGUCAUUUGGACCGUAUUGUAACUGGCGCAUUGGCACACGAUAUUAUAUCCGGGUGCGAGAUUAAAGCACAAUGUCGGCAAUCGCUUGAUUCGCAUCUGGCGGCAAAUGUUCGACGAACACUCUCGAUAUAUCCGGUCACUGCUUCACCCCAAGUGAUUCCUACUAUGCUGGUAUAUCAAGUUAACAUCAAGCGCUUGAUUGAUGAGAUUGCUAAUGGAGAGCGGGUGCUCACACCUGUAUUAUCGCGAAAGGGAAGUGCUGCAUCGCCAUUUAAUUCAGCAGCAACUGAAACACCGCCUUCACCUCAAUCAUCGCAAACAAAGCGUAUUGCUUUGAAACGAUUAUUUAGUCGUAAAAAGUCGGCACAUAAACUAUCUAUAAAUCCAAGUAAAUCUAUUGAAGAAUCAUCUCAGGGCUCUCAAGCAGCGAGAAAAUCCAAUUCUGGACGCCCUCUUUCGUUGGUACGAGGUGCAAUUCCAGACUCUGUCAUGACUCACGCUGUUUUAUCUGCACUGCUUUCAUGGGGGUUUGAUCCUGAACUCGAUCGCAUGUGCUCAGAUAAGCUUGAUCUUUAUCCUCCAAGCUGUUGUACUUCAGUGGGAUUCCGAGGUGCGAAUGGGUAUUUGUCUUUUCCCGUUCCAUCCAAGCACGGACUGUUCCAAUCUAUUCAAAAUGGAUGGAGGCUGUCAGAGUUUACGACUGCUUUAAAAUUGUUGGCCAUUGUUUCGCUUUGCAGAUCAGUUUUAUCUUCUACUGAUCUAGAAACUGAAGUGAGCCAGCUACUGGCAUUGUAUGGUGUUAGAUUACCAGAUCUUGUAGGCUAUGAAUACGUUUUUCCGUCGAUUGCGUUUUUGGCAAAGUACUGGCAAGAUCCUGUUGCAAAUGUUCAAGAGUCGUCAAGAGUACUACUAGAAUCAUCCAUUACCAAAAUGUCUGAGCGCGAUAAAGCAUCUACCGUGUCUUAUUGGCGGCCUUAUUUGCCCUGGAUAUGCAAGAGCAUGUCAAAAAUGAAUUUACGUGCAGCUCUUGUUCUUGGUAUUAUCGGAUCUAGUUCAUUCUCUCCGCUAAAUAUUCACGUCUGCAAAGAGGUUGCCGAGUCAUUGGAUAUGAUUAUUCGAGAGGAUUUACGAGGCUCGCAUCGUUUAACAGCAAUGGAGCUUAUUGGUCGUGCAUUUGCAAUUUGGGAACCACACAUCAAUGGUGCAAGCGUACUGCGUUACCUUGUAAGUCAAACAGGGCUAGUUGCCAUACCAUCUUCCAUACAAGCCACCACACCAAGUGGAGGACCUAUGUCCAUAACAGUCAUCCCUGCCGGUUUUAGUCAAUCAGGCGGUUCCGCUGUACCAUCACCUGGAACUUCCUUAUCUCCUUCACUUCAAGUAUUUGGACAGUCACAACCGCCCUCCAUCACACCUGCAAUCAUGCUUAUGGCACGACAGGCGAUUGUCAAUAUUGCCAGUAUCAAUGCUGGAUUAUUUAUCAGCACACUCACGUUUGAUUUGGUUCAUGCUCGACUGGCAUCCGAACGGACCAGCGGUUUGAAGUUGUUGGGCAUGUUUAUUACAAAAAAACCGGCAAUACUAUAUCCUUAUUUGGUUGGUAUUGUUGAUGCUAUGGUUAAAACACUUGAUCCGAACACGCCGAAUAUGCGCGAGGCACUUCAACAGCUCGUUACGGUGAAUUUUGCUGAACUGGUGCGUACCUAUCCUAGUGUAUCAUUCCACGCCGGUACCCAACGUCUUGCGGUAGGAGGAAGCUCUGAUGGGUUUGUUAUUGUUCAUGAUUUGAGAACUGCUACAAGAGCAUUUAUUUUACGUGGACAUACACGGCCUGUGCAUGCUGUUUCAUUCUCAAAUGAUGGAAAGCUUAUGGCUACGUUCUCUAUCAAUGAAAACUGUGUCAAGAUCUGGCAGCUGCAUGUAGGAUUUUUAGGCGCUUUGGUGGAUGCGUGGAGUGGAUCAAAUAGCAAUAUAAGUUCUGUUGGUGGAGCUACUUCUAGUAGUGCUUUUUCAGUUGCAGGUGUAAGUAGUCUUGGUGCAGGCGUAGGUAUAUCAACUGCAGGGAGUAUCAAAUGUUUCCGCAGUUUCAAUGUCGGUGCACCUAUUGAACAUGUUCCAUUUUCCAGUAUGGUCAAGGAUGUCAAGUUUGUAUGGAUUGGUGAUCGGGCAGUCAAGAUUCAUAGUCUGGAAAAUUUUGAAUUCACUUUUAAUAUAUAGUUUUUUUGCAAUUACUCUGCAGAUUAA